AUGGCUCCAAUCACCACCAAGAAAAACACCGCUGCUAAGAAGUUAGUUGUUGACACCUCCGCCCCAACCGAAAACGGUGUUUUCGACCAAGAAUCUUACGUUAAGUUCUUGAUUGAAAACAUCAAGGUUGAAGGUAUUCCAGGUAACUUAGGUAACUCCAUCUCCAUUACUGAAGAAGGUAACAAGGUUGUUGUUGUUUCUAACACCAAGUUCUCCGGUAAAUACUUAAAGUACUUGACUAAGAGAUACUUAAAGAAGAACCAAAUCAGAGACUGGAUUAGAUUCGUUUCCGUUAAGCAAAACCAAUAUCAAUUACAAUUCUACUCCGUCGCUGAUGACGAAGAAGAAGAAGACGAAGAAUAA